AGAAGAUUUUGCUAAAUGACUCAUAGGACUAAGGAAUCAACAGGCGAUUUUCCUGCCGACAGUGCGAAAGGUUUUCAUUUCCAUAAUCGCCCAGAAGCAAUUCCUUUCACUUUCUGGGCUUCUGGUUCGAUGCAGCCCUCCUUCUAUCCAUGUUCUUAUCGAUCUGGGUUGUCCUUAACUUCACCUAAACGAUCUGCCAGGUUCGAUAUGGCUACUCCUGAUGAACUAAACGACGUUGCGAAUGAUUUGAAUUUAGCACAGUUACGACGAUUUCUUUAUUUAGGAGAUGAAUGUCAUUGUUUUCCACGAUCUGUUAGCUAUCCAUUUAGCCCAGAAAGAUCGCAACUAAUCAAGGAACUGGAAAAUGCUGAAUUGGUUUCUGAAGCUUUGAAGGAAAUUACUGAGGCCUUCAAAAAUGGGCAUUAUUUAGGAAUUGAAACAUUAAUUUAUGCUCUCGCAGCAUUGGGGCAUUCACAAAAGGAGAUAACAAAGUCUGAAGCUUUGAGAUCAGCCUCUAAAAUCUGUACUUCUGCCUCUAUGAUGCUUACAUUUGCUCACAUUUAUAAAGAUAUAUCAAAGCCCAAUAAAGGUUGGGGUAGAGCACACAGAAAGUUUUUAAUCAGAUGGUACAAUGGGAAAGAUGCUAAAGAUUUGGCAGCAGAAGUAACAAAAGUUAAAUCGUGUCAUAAAUGGACACAUAAAGAUGUUCUUUGCAUGGCUCAUGUAAAGGCUGAACAAGCAGGUACUGCUGCAAUUUUAAAAUACCUUGUGAAGGGCUUAGAAGUGGCAGAGAAAGAUCAUGGCUCUGAAUCUGAUGCUGUUCCCAUUUUAAAUUAUUUGAAAGGUGUGUAUGAAGUCUCCCAUAGCUCUGACCCAGAAACUGUUGCUAGACUCAUCGAAGCUCAUGAUUUGUGCCUUCAACAUAUACCAUCAAAGCUCUUAAAAACCAAAGAGGUGUCACUAUGUAUCAUUCCUCGAAUACCUAUUCAGAAUCUCCUAGAACUCCUACCUCAAUUCAACAAAGCUGGCUUAUUAAAGCCAAAUAGUCCUCAUUACAAAGCUGUUCUUGAAAGACUUGGCUCUGAAGAAGCUUUAGAGAAUACUAUGAUUGGUCCGUUGGAGUCUUUCUUAGCAAUCAGGAAGUGGCAGAUAUCGAACAAAAUCCUGCCAGGAAAACCCAUGGUGAGGCAGAGUACUCCAGCUUUGGAUGAUGCUCUUCAGAAUUUGCAUCUAGCUUCUUUUAAGAAUGUGAAAGCUACAGAGAAACGAUAUUUAGUAGCUUUAGAUAUUAAUUUGACCAUGAAUCACAGCAAGUGUGCCAGUGGUAGCGCUCUGACUCCUUCCCAUGUUAGUGAUAUUGCUCUCCUGGCUCUUCUCAAAGCUGAAAUUUCAAAUGUUACUACUAUUGUUUUCUCUGGUGGUGAAGUUCUUCCAGUUGAAAUUAAUCAUAAGAUGAAUCUUGGGGAUGUUAUUGAACAUUUAAAUGAAAUAACAGCUGGUCCUGUGUUUUUAUCUGCCCCUCUAAACUGGGCUCUUACAAAGAAGAUGCGUUUUGAUACUUUUGUGCUUUUUACCGAUCGUUUAUCCAGCACACAAGAUGAUGACUUAGCAAACGUCUUCAAAGAGUACAAGGAGACAAUGCAUUUGCCUAAUGCAAGAUACAUAUUGUCUACUCUUUGUGACCAGACAUCAUCUUUCCCUCAUGAAGAUCCUUCUUUCCUAAACAUUGUUGGUUUCAACACCAAACUGCUACAGAUAAUCCAAGAUUUCUCGUGUGCUGUGUUUUAACCGAAAGCGGCCUUUAAGACAAAAUACUUUCCUGAAACGCUGAGCAGAUGCUUUCUUCUCCUUUUAUAAACAUAAACAAGGUGUGGAUAUUUCUUGCGCAUGCAGCUCUUUUAUCCUGAAGAAAGUGGAGAAAGUUAAUAUUUUUGCGUAUCAUGAGGACGAUUCACCAGACAAAUAUUUUGGCAAAACUGAAUUGAAGUUUUUUAGUUGGAAGUUUUAUAUUUUGGUCUCUAUCUAUCAUUUGUAGUGCUUCUUUGUAGGAGAUUAUUCCAUCACUUUAUUCCUCCACCUGUAAGAAUUUUUUAUCUACUUAAUUAAAAAUGUUUCUUGUUGGAAUCGACCCAUUCUGCAAUUAGUGGAAGAAUAAGUUUGAGAAAGCAAUGAUUUUAAAUUGAAAAUAUCAAAUAUUCUCCUAGGAUAAGAAUUAAGAACUUUUGUAAAUGGGCAUAGUCUUAAGAAUUUUUUUAUAUAGAAUAAUAAAAAAAAAAAAAAAAAACACUGAAUUCAAUUAUUCAAUUUUAAGCAACCAUAAUAAUCAUAAAUAAAAAUAUUGACAAAAUCAAUUUAUAGCAUUUAGAAAAAAUAGUGAAGUUGGUUGAUCUAUAUUGCAUAUUAAUAAUUGCUAUGGUGGCAUUUAUUAACUAUUCAAAUAUUUUUAUUUGCUUUAUUAUUUCUGUUUUAAUUUUGUUUUAUUCUAUUCGAUUUUAACUUUCACUAUAGCAAAAUGAACCGUAUACAAGCUACUGAUUGUUAGGUCAUUAUGAUAUUAAUGUGCAAUGUACUUGUUAAGUGUACUUAUCUUGGAACUUCACAACUUUCUGUUUUUUGCAUUUAUAUUUAAUUUUUGAUGGGAAAGGUCUCUUAUUUUUUAAAAACCCUUUAGUUGAAAUGUUGGCACAUAUUUACAAUUAAGAAUAAGGGGAAAAAAAGUCAUUUUUUCAUCCUAUUCUUUUUUAUUCUGUACAAGAUUUAAAAUAUGACUUAUUUGACAUAAUUUAAGUAACAUUGAAUCAUUUAAAGGUAUUAAUCAUAAAAGUGUAGCUUAGAUAGUAACAUUUAAAAAUAUUUAUUAACAUCAGCAAUUAAGCAUUUUUUUCAUAUCUGAAUCAAUCUUUUUAUAAAAACUGUUACUGUCAGAAAAUAACAUUUCAACUGUUAUUUUACUGCAAUGUGUGGCAUACUAUUUUGAAUCAUUUAUAAAUUGUUUUAUAUGUAACAAUUUAUGAUAUACUUUUAUAAGCAAUUACUGACAUAAUAAAUUCCUUGAGAAGUUUGAUAACUUUUUAAUGUUGUAUAUUUGCUUAUGCCAGUUGCAGAAUGGGUUAAAUGUUUUAUAUUUAUUUGUAUUUCUUUGAGCAGCUGCAUUAAAGCGAAUUAAAUGUGAUGUAUUCCGUGAUAAGCUGCAAUUGAUCUAGCAGCUUAUAAAAGUAUAAACUCUUGUUACGAAAAAAUGUGUGAUCAUCAUUGUGAUGAUUUGCAAUUUGUAAUGUAAGGUAGGCAUUAGAUAUUCUUAAUUUCCAAAAUGUAACUGAUUUAUAUCUUGGAAGGUUUUAUGAUAGUUGGAUAAAAAAAAUUAUCUUAUGUAUUAGUGAAAUUGAGCAUUUGUGUAAUAAGUAGGGUUCCUGCAUCAAGUAAGAGUACCUUGAAAAUUACGUAAUGGUUUAAAAAUGUAAUAAAUUAAAAAAAAUUUUUUUUUCUUAAUUUUCAGAUUUUGAUAAAAUUUUAAAUAUUAGAAAUAAGUUUAAUGAUUUUGCAUUUAUUAUUCUUGUUAGUUUUGUUUGUACUUAUUUUGUAUGUACUUCUUUUAACAUAUUUAUUUAUGUGUAGAUAUUUUAUUCUUUAUAUCAUGUGCAAUUUAAUUUUUUUUUGUUUUGGGGAAUCUCAUUUGCAAAAGUAUAAGAUUUAUUAAUGUGUUCUAAAUGUAAGGAUUAAUAUAGGGGCUGACAUACAGUUAGAACAGAAUACAUUGGUACUAGCUAAUUGGUAAAUGUUUAUAGUCCUUCAAUGAUGUCGCAGUGUUAUACAUUAAUUAUUUCCAAUAACAUUUUAAAGCAAUAUCAGUCCUGUUUUUGUUUCAGAUGAAAUAGUUUAUUUUUUAAUUCCUUCAUGAUUAAUGCCCUUAUAAAGAAAGAAGUGCUUCCCAGGAUUGGACCUGGCAAACACUGUUUAUUAUUAUAGGCCACAUUUUUCUCUUGUUAAGCCUUACAUUUCAUAAAAAAUAUAUAUACAAUAAUGUGUAUCUGUAAGAAAACAUGGAGGAAUCCUACUUGUUAUAUGAGUAAAUAUUUUAAAUUCAAGUAAUCCGAAUUUCAGAUGAAUUAAAUUUUGAAAUUUUCAAAGAUGUAGAUAAUAAUAUAGUAAAUUAUUGAAAAAAAUUACUUUGAACUUUUUAAAAUCUUGAUCAUGAUUUUAAUGAUUUAAUCAUAAUUCAUCAGCCUAUUAAGGCUCAUACUGUGUUUUUUAAAAAGUUGCCAUAGUAUAAAAAAGUGUAUUGUGUCUUUAAACAGUUAGGGAAUUUAGAACGGAGCUUCUUUAUUGACUGUACCUGCAAAAUCUCACUGCCAGUUCUCACAGUUUUAAAAUGAAUACAUUUGUUUGAGUGCAAAAUUAAUUUUACAGUGCAGUAUAGUUAUUAUUAAUUUCUCAAAUGUAAAAAUGGAAAUAUUUUGUAUUAAUUUUUGAAUUAUAUUAAUCUGAGAUUUUUAUGUUGCUUGUGAACCAAAGCUCCCUAUAUGUUUUUUUUUGAAAUUUUAUUUUGUCCUUUUUAGCAUGGAUUUUUUUUUCUCAGAAUUAUGGAUUUUUCAGGGUUUUUAUUAUUUGUAGUAGAAAUUCUAAACUUUAUUUUGGGUAAUGAAUUGAAAAACACAUUUUUUUUUAAUGGCUAUAUUUUGUAUUCAUUGCUUUUGUUAAUACAUCACUUUAUUUGUAUGCACAAUUAGUGUGUUUAUAUAGUAUAGGUACACUUCUUUUAAAUUUAUUUUAAAUGUAUUGUCCUAAGUGUAAACUUGGUUUUUUUAUUAUUAUGAAUAAUUUCUCUUAUAGGAAAACUUGUGUUGUCAAGGUAUAUAAAAAGUUGCUAGUUGCCUCUUCUAUUUUUAGAAUCAGUGAAAUAAAACUUUUAAUUGCAAAAUUGUGAGGUUGUCUUGAUUGCAAAUGUAGUUACCUCU